GUCUUGAGUGAGUGGCCUGAAACAGAAAUGAACAGUUCUCCAUGCUGAAGAGACUCCUGUGUUGUUUCUAGUGAGGUGAACAGGAGUGGGGCUUUUGGAAGAGGCAGGGGGGUGUCGGACACGGUCUGUCUAUAUUUCAGAAGGCACAGUUGCGACAAGGCUGAGGUUUGGCUGGAAUGGGACUUCUGCCCUUUAAAGCCUUGGUGCAGCUCUGUGACUGGGUUGAGUUCAGCUCCUUAAAGAGGCGGUCCACUGGGGUUACUUCAGUCUGAGGGGCUUGUGCGUUUGGGUCGUGGCUCCACAGAAGAGCACCUGACCUCUCCUGACUGCUAGCCUUAAAGAGCAGCCCUGAGAGGAAUGUUGGUUGUCACCAGAGCUAUUUUGGCUAUGUGCAGCCGCUAAUGAUUGUAAUCACAGAGCAGAACGGGACUCGGAGAAGUUGCCUUGCCGCUGUUUGUUUUUUCUCCCCAGCAGGUCUCUUGCCUUGCCAUGCUCACUACUGGCUCCCAGGGAUUAGAGCGUUAGACGAAUGGCACGCCGGCUCCGCUUGCACUUUGCGUCGAGGAGAAGCAACACGGAUCCUCUGUCAGAGAGCCUGAGCAGCCAUGGUGAGGAGAGCGGUCUCUGUGUGUCAACUCGCAGCCCCGCAGAGAGCCUAGCACACAGCUCUGUCCACAUGAAGGUGAUUCCAGGGCAGCUAGCCUUGGCUUUGCCUCCCCUGUCACCAGAGUACGGUAAUUUACAGCGCUACUCAUCCGUAUUUAUACCCAAGGUGAACACCGGCAGCGGCAGCAAGAAGAGUACUCUGCAGAUCUCCCUGCAGCCCCAUGGCAAGCUGAAUGGAGAGCUGGAGAACAGCACUGAGGGCGGGGAGCCAGGGGUCUGCGAGGUGGGAGCGGGCAGUGGCUCAGAUGGGGGCUCCUGUAGAAACAGCACGGCCAGUGACGCAGGCUACUGCAGCAGCAGCAGCAUCUUUGAGCCAGAGCUCCCAGAUCAGCGUAGGGCAGCCCAGGAGAGGAGUCUGCCCCGUAGGAAAGCCAGGGUCCCCCUGAGACGCUGCUCCUCCCUGGUUAUAUUUCCACGGAGCCCCUGUAAUACACCACCAGCCUCCCCGGUCAGCCCUGUGGCUCUUCCCGCCCUGCCUCCAGUCAGGGGCUCCUACCAGACUUCUCACCAGCUCCAGUUGUCCCCCAGUGAGCCCCUGCAGGAGGACGAGAUGGGUACCUCGAAAGCGUCCAUCGCCACGGCGAUGAACGGCCUACGACUCUCUAAGAGCAGCUUUCCGUCAGUGGAGUUCCGAGACGCCAGGCCCAUGGUGCAUUUUAACGUUCCACUUCUGGAUAAACCUAAAGACAAAAUAGAGGAGUGUGAGAAGACUGACCGCUCGGGAAAUUUAGACCGACACUCCAGUGUGCUACUGCACUUUGCCCACCAGCGACUAAUGUCUGGGAAGGCAUCUACAAACAAAACAACAGUCAAUGUUGAAUGUCCUGAAUCUCUAACCCAGGCCACUCAGUUGGAGGGUGAAUGUGGCCCUCGCCACAUUAAGCUGUAUCGCAGCACCUCGGCUUGCCUGCUCCCCUCAGCUAAACUUUUAGAGAGGAGCCACAGUGCCCGUCGCGCAGACAAUGGAAAUGGACAGGAAAUGCUUGAGGAAAACCAUUGUCAUCACGCCUUACAAAGGAGCUUUUCUCUGGAAGUCCCCUACCAUAAUACUGGUAUUUCAUGUCACGUUUCCAACCAAAAACUAGCUAACUCUCCACAUGUGCACAUCCAUGUGUCCCACGGCUCUGGGGCAAGGGUCUCUAGCCCUGUCAUUGAUGUAAACACUAUCCACAAAAGGGAUCACAUACAAAAGAGCCCUGCAAGAAAGACCACGACACGUGAUGACUUUCUGGGGCAGGUGGAUGUACCAUUACACCAGAUACCGACAGAAAAUCCUAACAUUGAAAGGCCAUACACAUUCAAGGAUUUUCUACUUCACCCGAGAAGUCACAAAUCCAGGGUCAAAGGUCAUCUCCGUCUGAAGAUGACCUACCUACCCAAAAACAACUCAGAGGAUGCUGCAGAACAGACUGAAGACAUGGAUCCUAGUUGGGAGUUUUUAGAGGGCCAGGACAUGUCCGGUCCCAGGCACAACCACCUGCUGCCUGCAAUGCCCCCUGGCUGGGAGGAGAGGCAGGACAACCUGGGCAGGACCUACUAUGUCAACCACGAAACCAGGACCACACAGUGGCACAGGCCCAUAGUACAAGACAGCCAGGUAGAGGCAGAGCAGAGGCAGAACAUCCACAUGGAGGCGCAGCACGCCUUCACCGCCCGCAGACAGAUCUCCGACCAAGAGGACUCCAACGACAGACAACAAGAGUCAACUGAGAGUUGGGAAAUCAUAACAGAGGAUGAGUCCACCUUGUACAACAACCAGCGCUCCCCCCCUCCACCUCACUCCCCCCUGGAGUUUCACUCCUUCUGUGACGAGCUCAGUCGCCUCCAGGCCUUGGGUGCCACAUCCGGCAACCGACGUACCUCCCUCCAGCUGCAGGGCCCUUCCAGUCAUUCAAGUCACUCCAGUCGCAGAGGCAGUGCCCAGACUCUGACAGUAGAGGAGCACCCUGUUCAUCCUGUGGUCAGUCAUUCAAGUCACUCCAGUCGCAGAGGCAGUGCCCAGACUCUGACAGUAGAGGAGCACCCUGUUCAUCCUGUGUUGUUCGCAACCUCAGCGGGGCUGCCUCCAGGCUGGGAGGAGAAGCAGGAUAGUAAGAGCAGACCCUACUACGUCAAUCACAACAGCAGGAUAACCACUUGGACACGGCCACUCAUCCAGAUAACCUCAGACGCAGCAGCCCAGGCUGUUCUGUCCCAGAACGCCACUGUGUACCAGCCCCCCAUGCUCUCUCCUGAGGGCUCCCCCCAGCACUCCCCCGGCUCACAGAGGGAGUGUGGCUUCAUGCCUGCAGGCUGGGAGGUCCGCAAUGCCCCCAACGGAAAACCCUUCUUCAUCGACCACAACACUAAGACCACUUCCUGGGAAGACCCCAGGUUGAAGAUUCCUGUGCACAUGAGGAGGAGACCUUCGCUAGACCCAACUGACCUCGGGCCAAUGCCGCCUGGCUGGGAGGAGAGGGUCCACAGUGAUGGGAGGAUAUUCUACAUAGAUCACAACACGAAGAACACACAAUGGGAUGACCCCAGACUGCAGAAUUCAGCCAUAACUGGACCAGCUGUGCCUUACUCCAGAGACUAUAAACAGAAGUAUGAAUACUUCCGGAAGAAGCUGAAGAAACCGGCUGACAUCCCCAACCGCUUUGAGAUGAAGCUCAGGCGGAACACCGUGCUAGAGGACUCCUACAGACGAAUCCUGUCAAUCAAGAGGGCCGAUUUCCUGAAGGCGCGGCUGUGGGUGGAGUUUGAGGGAGAGAAGGGCUUGGAUUACGGGGGCGUGGCCAGGGAGUGGUUCUUCCUAAUCUCCAAGGAGAUGUUCAACCCCUAUUAUGGGCUGUUUGAGUAUUCUGCCACGGACAACUACACUCUGCAGAUCAACCCCAACUCAGGCCUCUGCAAUGAGGACCACCUGUCCUACUUCAAGUUCAUUGGCCGUGUGGCAGGCAUGGCUGUCUACCAUGGAAAGCUGCUGGACGCCUUCUUCAUCAGGCCUUUCUACAAGAUGAUGUUGCAGAAGCCCAUUACUCUACAGGACAUGGAGUCUGUGGACAGUGAGUACUUCAACUCCCUGAAGUGGAUAUUGGAGAAUGACCCGAUAGACCUGGAUCUGAGGUUCACCAUAGACGAAGAGCUCUUUGGACAGACACACCAGCAUGAGCUGAAGCCAGGAGGAUCUGAAAUAGUAGUCACUGAUGACAACAAGAAGGAAUACAUCCAUCUUGUCAUGCAGUGGAGGUUCGUGAACAGGAUACUGAAGCAGAUGACCGCAUUCAAGGAGGGAUUCUAUGAGUUGAUACCCCAGGAUCUCAUCAAGAUCUUUGACGAGAAUGAGCUGGAGCUCCUGAUGUGUGGCCUGGGAGACGUGGAUGUGAACGACUGGAGGGAGAACACCAAGUACAAGAAUGGCUACUGUCCCAACCAGCCUGUCAUCCUGUGGUUCUGGAAGACUGUUCUGCUGAUGGAUGCAGAGAAGCGUAUCCGCCUGUUGCAGUUUGUGACUGGCACCUCCCGGGUCCCAAUGAAUGGCUUUGCAGAGCUCUAUGGGUCUAACGGACCACAGCUGUUUACCAUUGAGCAGUGGGGAACACGAGACAAACUACCUAGAGCCCACACAUGCUUCAACCGGCUGGAUCUGCCUCCCUAUGAGUCGUUUGAGGAGCUGAGGGAGAAGCUACACAUCGCCAUAGAGAAUGCACAAGGCUUUGAUGGAGUGGAUUAGGGGAGUGUGUGGCCUAUGGCGCAGAUGUUAAAAUGGCAGUUACUGCCAGUGAACUGAGGGCUAGCACCAAGUUUUGUGCUGUAGUUCUGUUUAAUGCUGAUAAAACACACAAUAUUCAGGUCCAGACCUGACCUGCCAACCACCUGAAAAGAUGGAGAACAAUCACAGACAGCAAAGUCUUUGGUGCUCCUCUCUCCUGCACAGUGGAAGGGAUGGAUGAUGAGUGAAAAUCACUUCUUAAAUCACUCUUGGUCUGUGAAGUUUACAAAUAGUUUUUUUGUGUCUCGUAAAUAUGUAUGUAUACUUAAACCAGAUCUAUA